CAUCCAGCUCCUACCCACGCACGUACACCGAUCCACAAUGGUGCAGCGCACGAGCAACGCAGAGGUCAUGUCCAUGGACCUGUCGCCCAAGAUGCCCGCCAAGGCCUACGGUGGCGAGGGCGGCUCCUACUUCGACUGGAGCCCGGCCGACCUCCCCAUGCUCGGCGCGGCCUCCAUCGGCGCCGCCAAGCUGCACCUGGCCGCCGGCGGCCUCUCCCUGCCCAGCUACUCCGACUCCGCCAAGGUCGCCUACGUGCUGCAGGGCGCCGGCGCCUGCGGCCUCGUCCUCCCGGAGGCCGCCAAGGAGAAGGUCAUCCCCGUCAAGGCCGGUGACGCGCUCGCGCUCCCCUUCGGUGCCGUCACCUGGUGGUUCAACGCCCAGGACUCCAGCACGGAGCUCGUGGUGCUGUUCCUCGGCGACACCUCCAAGGGCCACACUCCCGGCAAGUUCACCAACUUCCAGCUCACCGGCGCCACCGGCAUCUUCACCGGCUUCUCCACCGAGUUCGUCGCCCGCGCGUGGGACCUGGACCAGGACUCCGCCGCCAAGAUCGUCUCCACGCAGCCUGGCUCCGGCAUAGUCAAGGUCGCCGCCGGCCACAAGAUGCCGGUGCCGCGCGCCGAGGACCGCGAGGGGAUGGUGCUCAACUGCUUCGAGGCGCCCCUGGACGUGGACAUCCCCGGCGGGGGCCGCGUCGUGGUGCUCAACACCGCCAACCUGCCGCUCGUCAAGGAGGUCGGGCUCGGCGCCGACCUGGUCAGGAUCGACGGCCACUCCAUGUGCUCGCCGGGCUUCUCCUGCGACUCCGCGUACCAGGUCACCUACAUCGUGCGCGGCAGCGGCCGCGUGCAGGUGGUCGGCAUCGACGGCACCCGCGUGCUCGAGACCCGCGCCGAGGGCGGCUGCCUCUUCAUCGUGCCCAGGUUCUUCGUCGUCUCCAAGAUCGCUGACGACACCGGCAUGGAGUGGUUCUCCAUCAUCACCACCCCCAACCCGAUCUUUAGCCAUUUGGCGGGGAAGACGUCCGUGUGGAAGGCGAUAUCGCCGGCGGUGCUGGAGUCGGCCUUCAACACCACGCCGGAGAUGGAGAAGUUGUUCCGCUCCAAGAGGCUGGACUCCGAGAUCUUCUUCGCUCCCAGCUAGACCAGCCACGCAGCCGUCCAUCCAUCUCCGGCACCGGCCAGCCAUUAGCUCAAAAUUAGUUGGUUUCGAUUAGUUCGUGAUCUCUUCCUUUAAUCAGUCAGCAUAUUCUGUAAUAAGCCCGAGAUGUGGAUGGCGAUUUUA